AUGUCGACUCAGCCGACUUUCGCUUCCGGUGUUACCAAGGGAAACAUUUCCACCCAGAAGGUGAAGCUGAACUCUGGCUUCGACAUCCCCCAGGUUGCCCUGGGUGUGUACAAGGCCCCCAACGAUGGCACUACCGAGCAGGCGGUGAAGUGGGCGUUUGACGCCGGCUACCGUCACAUCGACUCUGCUGCCCGCUACAACAACGAGGAGGCCGUCGGCCGUGCCCUGAAGGAGUGGACCCAGGAGAACGGUGUUCCCCGUGAGGAGAUCUUCAUCACCACCAAGCUCUGGGACGCGGACCAGACCAAGACCACCGAGGCCAUUGAGGAGUCGCUGCGCAAGCUGCAGGUCGACUACAUCGACCUCUACCUCAUCCACUCGCCUGAGCCCGGCCAUGAGUCGUUCAACAAGGCCUGGAAGGACAUGGAGGCCGCCGUCGACGCCGGCAAGAUCAAGUCGAUCGGUGUGUCGAACUUUGACGCGGAGCACCUCGACGCGCUCCUGCCCAACGUCCGCAUCAAGCCCGCGGUGAACCAGAUCGAGUCGCACCCCUUCUUUGCCCACGAGGCGCUGCGUGAGCAGACGCUCUCGCGCGGUAUCCAGAUUGAGGCCUACUCGCCGAUGGCCCAGGGUGCUGCCCUCGACCGUGAGGAGAUCAAGGCGAUCGCCUCCAAGCACGGCAAGACCUCGGCGCAGGUGCUCCUUCGGUGGGGUAUCCAGCUGGGCAACAUCAUCCUGCCCAAGUCGCUCACCAAGCACCGCAUCGAGGCCAACGCCCAGCUCUUUGACUUCGAGCUCGACCAGGACGACAUGGACGUCCUGAACAACCUCGACGAGGGCAUGAAGAUGGGCAAGCUUGGCCCGCCCGGCACGUCUGCGCCUGCUUCGCCCGGUGCGACGCGCCCUGGCUCCCGCCGCACCUCGGGCAGCAGCGGUCUUGCUGGCAACAAGCUGCAAAUGAGCAGCAGCUAA